AAACGCAGAUGUUUCCUUUGUAAUUUGUCAUUUUUGAGCAGUUUUAUGUGGAAUAUUUUCAGGUAGUUUGACACUUGAAAUACUCACGAUGGCGCAGUUACAGGCGAGGUUCUUCACUGAAAACAAAAAAUAUGUGAUAGACGAUGUCCCGUUUUCAAUUCCCGCUUCAUCAGAGGUUACAGACCUCAGCAACAUUAUCAACAAACUCCUGGAAGCCAGAAAUGCCUCGCACUCGCAGGUUGACUUUGACUUCCUCGUUCGAGGACAGUUCCUUCGCACAUCCCUGGCCAAUCAUAUGGAAGCAUUCGACAUAUCCACAGAAGACGUGGUGGAGAUUGAGUAUGUAGAGAAGUUCACAGCUCCAGAGCCCGAAGAGUGUGUGAUGCAUGACGACUGGAUCAGCUCAGUGGAGGCCGACUCAGAAUGGAUCCUGACGGGCUCGUAUGAUAAGACCGCUCGUAUCUGGUCUCUGGAGGGCAAAGCGGUCAUGACGGUGGCGGGACACACUGACGUGGUGAAGGACGUUACUUGGGUCAGGAGGGACGGGUUGACGUCUCUGCUCCUGACGGCGUCCCUGGACCAGACGGUGAUGCUGUGGGAGUGGAACUCUGAGCGCAACAAGAUCAAAGCGCGCCACUGCUGCCGAGGACACGCGGGGAGCGUGGACACCGUCGCCGUCGACCCCACGCGGACCAAGUUCUGCAGUGGCUCCUGGGACAAAAUGCUAAAGCUGUGGUCUGCAGUGCCUACAGAGGAGGAGGAUGAGGUCGAGGAACCCAAUAGGCCCAGGAAGAAACAGAAGACUGACAAGCUGGGACUGACUCGGACGCCACUGAUGACGAUGUCUGGCCACACAGAGGCGGUGUCAUCGGUACUGUGGAUGGACCCGGAGGAGAUCUGCAGUGCAUCAUGGGACCACACCAUCAAGAUGUGGGACGCAGAGACAGGCAGCAUGAAGAGCACACUGAAUGGCAGCAAGGUCUUCAACUGCGUGUCCUACUCUCCGCUGUGCCGGCGGCUGGCCUCUGGCAGCACUGACCGACACGUGCGCCUGUGGGACCCUCGAGCCAAAGAUGGCUCCCUGGUGCAGCUGUCCUUGACGUCCCAUACAGGCUGGGUGACAGCAGUGCAGUGGUCCCCAAGCCAGGAGCAUCAGCUGGUCUCAGGAUCCCUCGACAACAUCGUCAAACUGUGGGACACCAGGAGCUGUAAGGCCUCCCUUUAUGAUCUGGCGGCACACGAGGACAAAGUGCUGUGUGUGAACUGGACCGACAGUGGGAUGAUCCUGAGUGGAGGGGCCGACAACAAGCUGUACACCUACAAAUACUCCUCUUGCAUCACAGACGCUGGUGCAUAACGCGGCUCCCACGACAGACUGACUGUACAUGACCCUGUUAUUGUUAUGCUUAAUAUCUGUCAAUAUGUAUUAACAUGUGGCCCUCUGAGAAGUGGAGAAGAGCAUGUGACAAUCCACCAUUACUUUUCCAUUGUCAUGAACCACUCAAAGGUCUCACAGAUGGGAAUGAGGGCGCAUGAUGAUGUCAACCUUUUUAGAUUAACUAAUUUGCAAUUUUCGAUAGCCACUGGCUGGCCAGCCUCCGGUCUGCGCUGGUCUGGUGUUGGAUAUUGGAAGUGGCCGUUUCAGAAACUCCCACACAGGGACCAGGAGGAGCAAGGAACGUCCCGGUUAAAAAUGAAAAAAAAGAUCAAUUGUGUUUUCGCAUCACAAAGCCACAAGCGAAAGGAGAGGAGGGGAGGAACUAGUUUGAAUUGGACCCGGGGACACAAAGACUUAUGGUCUUCUUACCAUGGCUUCCAUACCAUGGGCAUCUUUGUGUGUGUGCUUGCCGUGCUUGUCAAAUCUGUGGGUUGUUUGUCAAUGCCGGAAUAUAAAGACCUUUUUCUAAGUA